UUGUUUUAAUAUAUCUGGUUUAUUAUUCAUACUUUAUUAGUAUUGACAGCGUUGUACGCGCAUGUGUAAAGGAAAACACUUAUUGUUCAAUAGUGUUUUUAUAUCAAUUCGUCAAUUGAUAAGCAGGGAAGUGUUUUAGACAUUCGAUUUUAACAAAAGUGGCAGUAUACAAUGAUGCAGAACAUCUUGGCUUUGUUCCUUGUGGUUGCUUGUGUUAAUGCAGUACCGUGGCCACAGGGAAAAUAUACUUUAGUAAAACCUAAAUCAGGCUGUCCACCCGGAUGGUUCGAAGGAUGGCGACAUCAGGAUAACGAAGAUAGUGAUAACAAAAACUCGGUGUCCAAUGGUCACCAUUUUUAUGGUUCAUUUGAUAGGAACACAAAAACAUUUUACUGUUCAAAGACUCGUGAGGAGAAGGUUACAGAUUGGACCACAUGGAAAUUAGUACAAUGGCCAAGAGGAACUUAUUGCAUCCUAAGGAAAGGAGGAUCGUGUCCUAAAGGAUUUGCAAACGGACAUGUACAUUGGGAUGACGAAGAUUCUAAUAAUGAAAAUAAUUUUGCUGGAACUUUGCCUGAUGGACAGUAUGACAGAAACACAUUGAUACAAUACUGUUGCAGAUCUGAUGGACCGUCUAAUACUGCAAUAGAACUUCCCACAUCUAAGCCAUUCUAUCUUGUGAGAAAAUCAAGCACUUGUCAGCAGGUGAAAGGAAUGACUGUCCGCAAUGAAUAUAUAAAGACCGACGACGAAGAUAAAGAUAACAAAAACAGCUGGGCCGGAAGCUAUCCAUCUAUAAGUGGAGGCAGGAAUAUCCAAAUGGAAUACUGCUAUUAUGCAUAAAGUCUUGCAACAUUUAUUCAUUUCUGACAGAAAUGAUUUUAAUAAAGUGGCGUUAUUUCAUUUUUA